ACCCCCACAGUUGACUGCGGUGGUGUCACCUUGACAAACCCCGCCUGACCCCCGGGCGAUUCUUUGGUUCCGUUUGGUUUAUGCUGCUGUUGCUUUAGUUUAGCACUAUUGACUUACAGGCCUCCUGCAGCAGAGGUCUCGGCAGCUUCUUCUGCAGUCAAGGGCCCCAUCCUCUCUUCUUAUAGCUUGCACACUUUUCAGGGCAGUGGCCUUCAGCACACUCCACAGCAAUUGAUUGCAGCCUACAGAGAGCAAAGCUUGAGAAGGAGAUCUCGAGGCAGACGAAGAGAAGAUGGAGAACAUCAUCCCCGGAUUCCGCAGGCACCACAAGGACGAGGACGAGGGAUAUGAUCGACACGGCAAAUACGCGCACCGUCCAGGCUACGGGCAGGCCUCGUAUGGGGCGUACGAGUACACGGGCCAGCCCGUGGGGUUCGAGCAUCUGGGCAGCCCCCCGAAGCACACCGAGAUGGACGCGCAGACCAUAGCGCAGCUGGGAUACGAAGGUCCCGAAGGAGAGCGGCGCAAGGUGGAAGCCAUCGAGCAGAUCUACCACGAGCACGACAGCCGCCAUCCGAAUUACAGGCAUAGCCACCACGGCUCGCAUCGGCCGGAAUACUCUGAGUACCCGCCGGUGAGGCCCGAGUACUCCGAGUACCCGCCGGUGAGGCCUGAGUAUUCCGAGUACCCGCCCGUCGUGCCGGAAGGCUAUGUGCUCGACAGUCACGGGCGCCUGAAGUACGUCGGCGCCGGCAGCGGCUACGACAAGCACGAUAAGCAUCACAAGUCGCGCGAAUCCGACAGCGACGACGACGGCUACGCGGGCCAGGACGAUCGAUACCGGCGCAGGUACGCCGGCGACCAUCCCCACGGCGAGGAUUACAGCGAGGACUACCGAGAGCGCGAGGAGUACCGGCGCCGCUAUGGCGUCGAGCGCCCCCCGGCCGUGAAGAUCGAGCGCAAGGUCGAGGGCGAUGGCACCGUGGUCGAGCGCAUUUUCCCCGUCAGCUCCGGCGGGUCCACUUAUGCUCGCGCCGACCCCGGCAAGAUCCACUACGGCCGCCAGGAGAGCUUCACCGGGCCCGAGUACGACGUGCCCCCGCCCGGCCCUUACGGCCGCCAGGACAGCUACCCCGCCGCCUACGCCCCUCCUUACAACGGCGCCACUUCCACUUACGGUCGUCGGCCUUACGAGGGCGGCUCGUCGGAUUACGUGGACGAGAGAGACAGGCGCUACUGAGACGGUGGAGCCAAUGACCGAUGAUGUGUUGAGCGGGACAUAUAUGCAGUAGUACAGAAAUCUGUCCAUGACCGAGAGGUCCGGACGCCGACGGUGUCGACAGAAGAAGUGCGGAGUGAAGCUGCAUAGAAAGACAGAGCUGGCCGGAGAAAGAGAGAUAGAGAGAAAGAGAGCGAGAGAUGGACCAGGGUUCGAAGGGCUAAGAAUUUCGCUAUUCUUAGAUGCUGCGAGUCAGGCGCACGGGCGAUUGCUAUGUAACUUAGUGGUGAUGUCAGGCUAUGUGUUAUCAGUUACUUCCUACUUCCUAUGCUUCAAGAACGUUGUGUGAAAUUGCGACUAGACAACUACCGAGGUGUCCGAUCCAGGAGUCCGUGUGCUGGCUGUUUCAAUGUACUGGUCCAGAAACUGAAGACACGGUGAUCAAGGCCUUCAUGGAUGUGCUGGCUGUUUUGUAUGUCUUGAAUCAUAAACGUUUGAGUGAUAUUUCCCCGUAGGAGUCAACUCGACAGGUUGUUGUCGGCUUCUCCUUUGUACCAUAGCUUUUAAAAUCCUUGUAAUGAUAAACAUCGAGAUCUUCAAAAUCA